AUGCUUCUGAAUGCGGACAUCGAUCACCUUCGGGACCUACUGGACUCAUUAGGAGUGCACCACAGAGUGGCAAGAAAAAAUCCGGAUAAGGAAUCCGGGAGUGGCAAGCUGUUGAACAUAACCGUCAUCCACGAGAUUUUGAGCCUGCCUUACCUUCAUCGCCUCAAUGAACAAAAUCCGGAUAAGGAAUCCGGGAGUGGCAAGCUGUUGAACAUAACCGUCAUCCACGAGAUUUUGAGCCUGCCUUACCUUCAUCGCCUCAAUGAACGUAACUUGAGGUUCAUCCAGAAAGUGGGAGAAGAGGUCAACAACUCCCAAACAUCCACGGCUGGAGGAGAGGAGGUGGCGGCUUUGGAAGGCCACCAGCGCCACAGACGGCCGUAUCCCGACCGGCACAACCAGGGUCGAGUGGGUCAGCGAGGAGCCACCUGCGGGCGACGGACUUCCCGCAGCCAGGAGGAGCAGGUAACAGCAGCCACGCUGGAGUUCCGGCUGAACUUGGAGGCGUGGAGGAGGACGGAGGAAACGCGGCUGAAAGAAAUGGAGGAGGACCCUGAUUGGCAGGCCCGUUUGCGACGAGCCGAGGAGGAGGAGCAGCAGCUGUGGGAGGAGCCGGCAUACCCACCCACCCCGAGGUAUGUCGCCGAACCGUGGGUACCGCCCCAGGAGGAGGCCGACGAUCGGGCUGCCUCUCCUCCGGGCUGGCUGCCGAAGGUGCCGCUUACGCCGCGGUACGAGGGGUCGCCGACACGACCACCCUCACCGGAAGGCAAGACGCUCUCUCCCCGGUCGCCACUACCGCCGCAACCGGAUACGCCACCGACGCCGCAACCGGAUAGACCACCACCGCUGACGAGGCACUACGGGGAAUCUCCCCAAUGGAGACCCUCGCGGCCACCCACGCCGAGGUUCGAACGGCCGCCGGCGGCAGAGUCGCACCCGCGGCCGGACACGCCGCCGUACCAACCCGGAGACCCGGUAUGA